GGAAGUGCCGUUGUUCCCCUGUGAUAUAUCUAUAUGUCUCGUGCUGGCGGUAGAAUAGCUGUGUAGUGUGUUAGCUGCUGAUCUUAUUGGACCGUUUUAGGAGACAGAGCUCGAGGUAAAGACACACACACACUCAGGUAAAGCCUCUAAUGACUGCUCUUUAUCACGGAGAUCAAAGCGAGGAGAAGGCUGAGCUGCGCAUGCGCCGACACUCAAUGAUUUCUGAAUCCAGAGUGAGUCCAGCAGCCCCAGUGGAGAUCUGAGAGGAAUGGAGGACAACCAGAACCAGGAGCACCGGACAAACGAGGUCCCCAGGAGUCCAGCAGCAGACUGGGACUCUGAUACCAACGAGGUCCCCAGGAGACCACCAGCAGCAGACUCAGACUCUGAUAGCAGCCAUGUUCAGGACAAUAGAGGAAUGGAGGACAACCAGAACUGGGACUGGGACUGUGUCUCUGAUACCAACGAGGUCCCCAGAAGACCAGCAGCAGACUCGGACUCUGAUAGCAGCCAUGUUCAGAAACUGAGAGGAGGAAAGGGACCCAAACGUCACCACUGUCAACACUGUGACAAAUCCUUCAAAACCUCUGCAUAUUUAAAGAUUCAUCAGAGAGUUCACACUGGAGAGAAUCUACACAGCUGUGAUCAAUGUGGGGCAGCUUUCAUACACCAGUGUCACCUUAAAGCACAUCAGUGCAUUCAUGCUGGAGAUAAACCUUACAGAUGUGAUCAAUGUGGGACAGCUUUCGCACGACAGAGUAACCUAAAAAGCCAUCAACGCGUUCACGCUGGAGAUAAACCUUACAGCUGUGAUCAAUGUGGGACAGCUUUCAAACGACAGAGUACCCUAAACAGACAUCAACGCAUUCACACUGGAGAUAAACCUUACAGCUGUGAUCAAUGUGGUAAAACCUUUACUAGGAGUAGUGAAAUAGUAAUCCACCGACGUAUUCACACCGGAGAGAAGCCGUACUGGUGUGAACAAUGUGGUAAAACUUUUGCUCGUAGUGGUAGCCUUUACUCUCACCAGCGGAUUCACACUGGAGAGAAGCCGUACUGGUGUGAUCAAUGUGGGAAAAUGUUUUCUGAAAAUAGUAGCCUUAAAACUCACCAACGCAUCCACACAGGAGAGAAGCCGUAUGGGUGUGAUCAAUGUGGGGCAGCUUUUGCUCAGAGUAGUACACUUAAAGCUCACCAGCGCCUUCACACUGCCUCGUAGUGAACAUGUUUCAGAGCCAAGCUGUUUCCUCCUGCCUCCUCCUCAUGCCCUGAUAGCUGAGUUGUUAUAUUCUGAUCUUCUCUCCACAUUGAAGGCUGACCAGCAGUAACUUUAUCUUCUGAACACCAUGGAUGAUAUUCUGGCUACCACUACACAUUACGCUCCUUCCCUUUCAAGGGAUUAAUUCCACUCAAAAUUAGCUUUUAUUCCUGUAAUGAAAUAUUUUGAGUUCAGGGUUCAACUGGUAGCGCUAUUUAACUAAUGCUGCAACGAAGGAGUAUUUGUUCUUAAUUUGAAAAAUCCCAUCAAUGUUUACUAAGGUAAUCUCAAAUUACUGAAAUAUUUAGUCUAUUGUCCCUUAAGAUGAAGAAAAGAAGCAUUCAUAACUGGGAAGCUUUAAUCAGAACAUGUCUGCUGCUUUAAAAAUAACUUAACCAGUUAAUGUGUUUAAACUGCGUUUGUGCCGCCGCCAUCUUGGGACGAACAACUAAAGUAACUAUUUGCAACUUAAAAUAAUGUUUCCAAAAUUGUUUCAGUGGUUCAUCAACUUGUAACAGGGUGAAUGGCUCUUUGCUGCCCUCUACCGGCUAUAACCAACUAAGCAAGUUUGCCAGAUCGGGUAGCUGAUCUGUAGUUCCAAUGAGACAUAAUCUUAAUGGGACAAUUCCUCUUCCAACCUGUAGGGGGACUGAGAGAGAAAAGUUACAUAGUGUUGCUUUAAAGGACAAAUCCGGCACAAAAUGACCCUAGGGGUUAUUAACACGUGUACCGAGUCGACCGUUCUCUGGGAUCUGUUUUCAUGCUAAUCCAAUGUGAUCAGUUUUAGUGCUAACUGCUAAUUAGCUCAUAACGCUAGUAGUCGGGGCAGAGGGUAAAGUAAAAACAAAUCUCUAUUUCUCCACCACUAACAAGGCUCAAAAUAUCACCACACUUCCACGGUAGCAUAAUGAGGGUCCCUACAUGUUAACCCCAGCAUUGAGAUCUUUGUAAGUGCACAGACAGUUUAUUAAAAAGAUAGUAUAGAAAGACAUUACCGUUCAUGUAUACAGGCAGGCGCCAUCUUGGAAAAACAGUCAAGACCAGUCGAACGGCGAACGCCGUGCAGCGGGAGCUGAACUGUCACUUGAAAUCUCCCGUGGUCCGUGGUUUCCCAAUGGGUCGUUUGUGAAAUGUGACUACGUGGGAAUGCAUGAAUUAUAUCUGUUUAUUAAAAUAUAUGGGUGACUAACUACAAGGGUUAGGGUUCUACUGGUCCUGACUGUUUUCCCAAUAUGGCGCCUGCCUGUAUAGGUGAACGGUAAUGUAUUUCUAGACCAUUGGCAAUUUUAGACCCUUUUUAGGGGGGCUCAAGAAACAUAGUGUUGGCCAAUCAGAGGAGGUUAUGGUGUCAGACUCCCACCUUUGGCUGAGUCUCUAUCUGAUCUGUUAGAGGGAGAGCAGGAGACUGUUGGGUAGUUUAAGGUUGGUAGUCCCCAGAGAAGAAGGUGGUCAUUUUAUGUUUAUUAGAUUAUAGCCCAAAUUGAAAUGUAAGCAACUGAAAUUGCUGAAUCUUGGAACAUUGUGUCAAAUUACAGACAGACUCAGAUCACCAGAGCUGUUGUAAACAGGGACUGUGAGGUUCCUUUUAGAAAAAUCUAUUAAAGCAGGGAUGUCCAAACGUUUUUCACCAAUGGCCACAUACAGAAAAAUAUAGGAAGGGCUGGGCCACUCAGUAGGGGGGAGAUUCUCAACACAGCCUCAGAUUGAUUCUUCAGUCAGGGUGGUGAUCCCCUUCACAGCCCUGUAUAAAGGGGGAAACAUAAGGGGAUGGGUAUAUUUUAGGCUUGCUAUGCAAAUAAGUUAUUAGGGUUGUUAACACACCAACUAUAGUUUGUUAAAAAAUAUUAUCAACUUUAAUUGAGUGAACUAAUGAAGUAAUUGUGCUUAUUAACACAUGAUUACUGUGUAUUAUAUUUCUAAUUUAUCUAUAAUGGGAGCAGCAUUGCACUCAGUGGGAGCAGUGAUGCUGAGCUUUGGACUGAAGGAUGGCUGGCAAGUCAGGAGUCAGUUUGGUGGUUGAGAUGGCUGUCGGUCAUUGUGGUUCUCAAUCUGCUUUUAUUCAGAGUUAACACAGAAAAUGUUUGCUCACAUAUGCAUGUUGAGCCGAACAGACUCAUCAUUCUUUUUGCGUGGUGUCUCAUCAGAGGGAACUUGUCUUUUUCCAAGCCUUGGUAGAAGUCGCGUAGAGAGAGAAGCUGAUUUUUCUUCUCCAGAGAAUUAUCACACUGCAUUUCAAUAAGUUCUACUUUGAGUCUCUCUUCCAAUUCUGCUGUGUGCACCAGGAAGGGAGUCGAGAACACUUUGAUGUCUUUCUCAAUGACAGAAAAAUCUUUUUAAGUGCUGACUGAAUUCUGUGAUGAGAGAUGUGAUCACAGACACGUAUUUCCCAUUUUCAGCAGAAAGCUUGGCAUUUGGAAAAGCAGAUUUGAUUUCGGACAGCGUGGGGAAGUGUGCCACAUUGAAGUUGCGUAGUUGCAUUUCAAAGUGACGGAGCUUCACGAAUGCUUUCAUGUGUGCGAAAAGUUGUGGCACGAGCUGAUCUUUGCCUUGUAGGCUCUUGUUCAGUGUGUUAAGUAAGAUCAACUAAAAAAGCCAGGUCUGCUAACCAGAGAGGGUCACUCAGCUCAUGAAGAGGCCGGUCCUUCUCUUUCAAAAACUGGUCCAUUUCUGAUCUCAGGGGGGAAAAAAGCUGCAGCACAUCAGAGUGGUAGAGUAUUCAGCAUCAACAUCAGAUAGAAAAGCUUGGAAUUGUCUGUGGUAGAGCCCUCAUGCUCGAAUUAUGUUGACAGUUUUCACAACAGUGUCCAUCACAUUGCCAAGCUGGACUGUCUUGGCACAGAGGGCUUCUUGGUGGAUGAUACAGUGCAUUUUAACAGCCGUGGCUCCACUGUCUUACACCAUAGAGGCCAUUCCUCUGCGUUCGCCUGUCAUUGCUGGAGCCCCAUCCGCUGUAACUCCACACAGUUUGUCCCAUUUAAGUCCCAUCUCGUCAGUUGCAUUUGACACAAAUGUCCUUACCCGUCCUUACACCUUUUAAGGUGGUUACACACCAACCAGACUGCCGACCGUCUCCCCGAGUUGGUCCAAAAAGUUCCUCAGAACACACCAAAAGGACGAGACGUAAUACGUCUCUAUAACAGCAGGCGGCGCUAAUCUGUAUUGUUGCCCAAAAAAAUUAAAACCGGCAGCUGAUUGGACGAACGCGUCACGUGGGUCAUUCUGGUUCCCAAAAACAAAGCUCGCUGCCAUUUGCUUAACUUUCUGUUCUCUCUCAGCACCAGUGGUAGUCUGGAUGCUUGGUUUCAUAGUGUGGUCCUACAUGAUAGUCUUUCAUCACUGCAACUGUUGCAUUACAAAUCAAACAGACACACUUCCCCUUGACUUCACUGAAGAAAUAUGGCACUCACUUGCUAUUUUUCGUUUCUUCGGAUCUGCCAUUUUUGGGACAAAGUUUUUCUUUGACUGCUCUUGUUUUGUGUUGAGGCUGUCUUGUUCAAGACAGUAGCUCCCCCUAGCGGUAAAACUAAGAAGUACAAUACAGUCGAGCACGAAUUUCAUGCGUGGGCCAUAUGCCAUUAUAUUUUUAGAAUUUGCUACGGGCCAAUUAAAAAUGUAGUUUGGACACCCCUGUAUUAAAGGUAGUGCAUUAUAGAACAUGCUACCCCCCAACUAUAAGCACUAAAACUGGUCAUAUUGGAUUAGCAUGAAAACAUAUCCCAGAGAACGGUCGACUCGGAACACGUUAUUAACCCCUAGGGUCAUUUUGCGCCGGAUUUGUCCUUUAAAGACUAAUAAAUGCUAAACUAAGCAACAUGGAAUAACAUUUCACAGAUAAAGACGUUUUACAAUAUUUAACUAUUACGAAAGCGUUGAAUUUAAUUUCACAAAAGGUGACAUUAAUCCUUCUUUUGAGCUAACAAUAAGCUAAAUUACUGUUCUGACAAGGCAGACCCACAUCCAGAUGUUGGGUCUGGGAACUCACCAUUGGUCAGGGCUCAAUCCGAGGGGCGGGAUAAACGGUUGUCUUUCAAAUUCUCUCUGCACCAAUAGGAUAGCUCUACAACCAGGCAGAGCAAUGCUAGUUGAUAGAUUAAACUUUAAACUCUGAACACAUCUUCCUUUUUUUUUGUUAGCUUGUGUCAGGUUAUUAUUUAAGUGAUUAUUAAUAUCUCUUUGUUGUUUGUUAUGUGUGUUACUAAACAUUUCCUUGAGUCAUUCCCCAUAGACCCCCAUGUGAAAGAAUCCAAACUUUGCAUUAGAAAUAAACAUGUUUACAGCCUGGUACAAAAAAUGGUUUUGGUCUAUGAAGCUAAUUUCACCCUUCAUAUAAACUGUUAUAUAACUCACCUGUUUAAACUGUAUCAAGGCUUAAAUCAGCUGACUGUCACUAGCUACACAAUAUUUAGGGAAAACUUUGGUAAGAAAGCCAGCAUUUUUAAUUUAACCAAGUAUUCUGCAUUAUAAAUACAUGUCUGGCAUUUGUAGUAAACCUCUUGAAAAUGAGUUGAACAUUCAGCGAGGAAUUAUGAUUUUAAAUGUGGAUAGACCUUCUGCCUCCAUAGACACUCAUAUAUUAGGACGAGCACAAUGUUCCUUAGGAAAUGACUGCUGUGUCAACAUAUCGCUCCAAUAAACAACAGCGGCCAAUGUAGUGUGUGUGUAUAUAUAUAUAUAUAUAUAUAUAUAUAUAUAUAUAUAUAUAUAUAUAUAUAUAUAUAUAUAUAUAUAUAUAUAUAUAUAUAUAUAUAUUGGAUUAGACACAUGAGAACAGCUGGUUGUAUUCGGGGGGAAGUUUAGGAGUUUUUGGUUAAUUCUGGGAUUUUUAACUCCUGUAUAAUCAUUGGUUUUAUUAAUCUGCUCUGUCCUCUUCUUAAAUAAACUGAAUAGAUUUGAACUUUCACAUUAAGUUUCUUAUUAUUUUGCAGGUGUAUUCUUCUCUAUGACACUCUUAUGACUCCAUAUUAUCCUUCAGUUUAUCAUCAACAUUCAACAUCAACACAUAUCUGGAGAUAUGUGGUUUUCAUUGGAUAGGAAAGGGAAAAACUCUGUUGAAGAGUAAGUAGAAUAUGUAUUUUUGCAGAAAAUGCUUGUGAAUGGUGAAAAGCUACAUUUCUAAAGUUGAACUAGAUUGCUGGCUUUAAUGUGUGAGAAGAAGGUGAUGUUGUGUAGUUGGAAAAGUUGGAAAUGGUUCAACCUGCAACUUUUUGUUUUUCUGGGUCAAAAUUUGAAAUGAAAUCUUUUUUCCCAACGUGUCUGUUUUGACACUUUUGUCGCUUGUUUUGGAAGCCUUCCAGACGUUUUUGUCACUUUUGUUUAUGUUUUUGUUGAUUUUUUUGGUUUUCUCCCCACAUUUUUAAAGCUUUUCUAAUAUUGUGGUCACUGUUUUCAACGUUCUUGUAUCAGUUCUUUUAUUAUAUGCUAUAUAAUUGAAUAAAACACCCAAAUUCA